UCGGAUGAUGAUGAAGAAAAUGAUGAUGAUUACGACGAUAAUGUUCAUGACGAUGAUGACGAUGAUGAUGGUGAUGAUGAUGAUGAUGAUUAGAAUGAUGAUGAUGACGAAGUUGAUGUUGAUGAUGGAGACGAUGAUUAUGAUGAUGAUGAUUAUGAUGAUGGUGAUGAUGGUGAUGAAGAUGAUGAUGAUGACGAUGAUGAUUAUCAAGAUUCGCAUAAGUAUGAUGCUGAUGAGGAUGAUGAUGAUGAUGACUCGGAUGCUGAUGAUGAUGAUCUUGAUCGUGAUGAUGAUCGUUCGGAUGAUGAUGAUGAUGAGGAUGUUGAUGAUGAAGUUGAUGAUGUUGAUGGUGAUCCUGAUGGUGACGAAGAUNGAUGAUGAUGAUGAUGAUGAUGAUGAUGAUGAUGAUGAUGAUGAUGAUGAUGAUGAUGAUGAUGAAUAG